AUGGAUAACUUUUGCACUCAAACAUGUCCAAAUCUCAGUACUGGAACAGUCACGCAGUUCACAUCCCUUCUGCUAAACUACAUCACCCUGUCUCAGUGCUCAAUUUCACCUCCUGACCUCUGGCCUGCUGAUUAUGGAGAUAUUGCUUUUCGAAAAGGAUUUCAUGAGUACGAUUUUAUAAUUGUUGGAGCGGGUUCAGCUGGUUCAGUUCUUGCCAAUAGGCUCAGUGAGAAUCCCAAUUGGAAGAUUUUGCUUUUAGAAGCCGGUGGUGAUCCUCCGAUGGAAUCAAGUAUCCCUGGAUUAAUGGCAAAUCUUCAAAAGUCAAAAUUUGAUUGGCAGUACGAAAUUGAACCUUCAGACCGGCACAGUAUUCUAUCAGGACCAUGGCCAAGGGGAAAAAUGUUGGGAGGAAGUAGUUCAAUGAAUGCUAUGUACUACGUCAGAGGAAAUGCAGAAGAUUACAACUACUGGGAAGCUCUGGGAAAUCCAACAUGGGGAUGGGAAGAUGUUCUUCCUUACUUUAAAAAAUCCGAAGCAAACACAGAAUUCGGAGGAAGAUAUCAUUCAGCAGAUGGACUUUUAUCUGUUCAAAAAUUUGCAACCAAUGACUCUUUCCAGUAUGAUCUCAUUGAUGCUGCUCAAGAGGUGGGAAUGAAAUUCGUUGAAGAUACAAAUACAGGAGAGAAUAUUGGAAUGACUUUAAUACAAUCAACAGUGAGAUCAGGUGUAAGAGAUAGUACGGCUAUGGCUUUUCUAGUUCCCGCCAAAAAGCGACCAAAUCUGCAUGUAGUCAAAAACGCCAUGGUCUUGAAUGUUAUCAUUGACGAUGAUGGUGAAGUGAGAGGAGUCAGGAUAAAUCUCAGAGGAAGACGAGAACUUAAAGCCUACGCCACGAAGGAGGUCAUUCUGAGCGCAGGAUCCAUUAAUACGCCACAGCUGCUAAUGUUGUCUGGAAUUGGUCCAGCGCAGCAUCUCCAAAAAAUGGGUAUUCCUGUGAUUCAGGAUUUACAAGUUGGGAAGAAUCUUCAAGAUCAUCCUGGUGUACUUAUUGCAAUGAAAAUUGAUGAAUUAACUGCAGUUCCAUACACUCAAGACAAUUUAAUGGAAGAUUUCUUUGCCUAUUUGAAGGAUCACACCGGAGCUCUAUCGUAUUUGGGUAAUCUCAACAAUGUUGGCUAUGUUAACGUCCACGAUUCAAACUCCAAAGUCCCAGAUAUUCAAUACUUACUUUGGAAAUUUUCAAAGGGACAAUCUGAUGCAAUUAAAACAUUCGUGAGCGGCACAGCGGGAUAUGAUGAAUCUUAUGGCAAUAUGGUAGCCAAUGUAGCUGAAGAAGGCAACUUGUUCCUUACAUUUGUUACAUUCCUUGCUGAAGAAUCACGCGGAGAAAUUUUGCUACGUAGCUCCAAUCCUUACGACAAGCCACGAAUCUAUCCAAAUUUUUUUGACACAUACAAGGAUGUUUCAACAAUUGUUCGUGGAAUUAAAUUCCUUCUCAAAUUCAUGACUACGGAAGCAUUAAGACGUCAUGACGCCAAAUUGAUGAUCUUCCCAAUACCCGAAUGUGAUGCUUUGGAAUUUAAUUCAGACGUUUACUGGGCUUGCUACGCGAAAUACUUGACAUCGACGGUUUUCCACCCCAUUGGAACUGCAAAAAUGGGUCCUGCUUCAGAUCCUGAUGCCGUUGUAGACUCCAGACUACGGGUAAAGGGAAUCAGAGGCUUGAGAGUGAUUGAUGCUAGCAUAAUGCCACGAAUUCCGCGAGGGAAUACAAAUGCUCCAACAAUUAUGAUUGCCGAGAAAGGAGCUGAUUUUAUCAAAGAAGAUUGGGGUACUUUGAAGCGAGCCAGGGACAAAGAAAGGAGUCAGAGUAGAAUUCAGGAGAAUAUACAAGGUUACGACAUAAUGCAUAAUUAA